CAACAUUAUAAUGCAAUCAGCUUCUAUUGUAAAGCAUGUCAACCAGUUGUCAAACAAUGUAUUGAUAAGAGGUCCAAUAGCAGUAGCAAAGAUGACACCCAGAGACCGGACAUAACAACUUGUCUGGAGAAGAAAUUAAUGGGCAUUGUGGCCAGUGUUGAAGAAAAGGUAAAUGAACUAAUGUCAUUCAAAGAUAAACUCACACAGGAGAAUGAUAAAGUCACUAAGACUUAUGCCAGCAUUGUAAAAAAUUUAAGCGAGACUAAAAAUCCAGUGGCAGCAACCCCCGCGCCAACAAAUGAUAGACAAAAUCCAAUAAACAUCAUCGAUGAGUACAAUGACAGGGAACGGAGAAAGAAUAACCUAAUAGUCACUGGCAUUGAGGAGAGUAAAAGUUUGGAUCCAAACAUGAGGAAGGAAGAUGACAAUAAGGUUAUCAAGAAAAUCAUGGAAACACUAAAAGUGAACGAUGUAGUAAUUACCAAAACCAUUCGACUGGGGGCUAAAAAAGACCCGGGUGACAAACCCAGACUCUUACUGGUAGCACUGGAUGAUAACAAGAAGAAGAGAGUUAUACUAUCACAUGCCAAGGAACUAAGGGAACUAGAAGAAUGGAACACUGUUUACAUAUCGCCAGACCUCACAAGGAAAGAACAGGAGGAAGGCAAAAAGCUCAGAGAACAAUUAAGACUGCUAAGAGAACAGGGCCAUAAUGACUACAUAAUUAGAAGGGGUAUGAUUGUCAAGGACCCUAAGAAGGCAGUAGAAAAUACUACCAGGAAGCCUAUAGCACAAGCUAAGGAGGUUGGGUCCAAAUGA